UUUUUUUUUAACAAGAUGGCGUCAACGCAGUUAUCGGAUGAGGAGAUUUUCUCGGAACUAAAGCGCUUUGGUUUUACUCCAGGCCCGGUUACCGAAAACACUCGCCCGGUAUAUUUAAAGAAAUUGAAGAAACUUCGCGAAGAGCAGCAGCAACGAGGGUCCAGAUCGAGUAAAACCCGAAGCAGCGGGUCCAUCAACAGCACCGCAGGCGACGGCAGCACCGCGGCAUCUAGGCCAGUCAGCCCUGACGUCACGCACUUGAGCAGUAGCAGGAGACCGGGCCGGAAGUCCUCUGUGCUCGGCUUCAGCUCCGACGAGUCUGACGCUGAAACUCCACUGAGGAGAAAGGGCCUCGAACAUAGCAGUAAGGCGAACCGAAGCUCCGGUUUUCAGAAACAGCAGAAAGUAAGGCCCUUACCAACACAUAAUGCGGCUAUCAAGGUUCAGUAUGGCGGUGGUACUAGGCUGAACAGUAAUUUUUCCCCGGGUUCGGACGGACAGAGAAGUGUUUCGCUGGGCUGGGGAGUUGGUGCUAGGUCGAGCCUUGACUCGGAAGGGAUGCACUACGACGAAUCGGCGGACGAUGACGAUUGUGAGGACGAAACGGAGAAGAAUUCCUGCUCUUUAAAUGGUCGUGGGGGGUCUCGCCUGAACAAUAACAAACUAGUCGGGGAGUACUCGGACUCAGACGAGGAGGAAGUUGGGGGCUUUGGCGCCGGAGAACGAGAGCGGGACGGGUUGGAAUUUCGACGGGGCCACCGGAUAGUUCCGUUCGCUUCCCACGUCGUCGAGCGAAGCUCCCAAACCGAAGAGAAGAACAGUGAAGUUAAACCGCUCGGGGGUGUAAACAUGGUGAAGAGCCGAGGUGAGGUUGAAGCCGAAGACGAGGCAAAGAGAAGAGAUUUGGACCCGUCAGGCGGCUCGCGGAGCAACAGGGUUCCCAGGAAGUCAAUCUACCUGUCCCUAGCCGAGAACCACGGGGGGAAGGCUGGUGAGAACAACCACGUCGACAGCGAGGACGGAACGUCUAGAAGCAACAGCACUAGUAGGUUCAGUAUUGGGUUGAGACCGCGCUUCUCCAACUACAGCAGCCUGUCCCAGACAUUCAGGGACAACCACUCUAAUCACACCCCCGCUCCCAACCACUCAUACAGCCAGGCAGUGCUGAAGAAAAAGCUCUCUGUCCCGGAGGAUGAGCUGCUCCAGCAGUUCAAAAGGGAAGAGCUAGCCUCCUCUAGUAGCUUUAGUGCCCAUUACCUGUCCAUGUUCCUUCUCACGGCAGCCUGCCUAUUCUUUCUGCUGCUAGGCCUCAUGUACCUUAGGAUGAGGGGCACUGGAUCCUCGGAGAUGGAUGGCACCAUUAAAAGUCACCCUUUUGGCAGUGAUUUUGACUCUUCUUAUAACAAGGGAGAAAAGGACGUGAUCCUAAAGCUGCUACUCAAUCUUCAUGACCACUUGGCCUUCAUCGCUGGCCAGCAUGACUGUGGUGACCAGCAGCAUCCAAACAGGAGUCUGUCCAUGGAUGAGGCAUCUGCGUAUUUAUUGACUCAGAAUAAGGAGUUUGAAGGCUUCAUUCAUACAUCUCUGGAGUGGAUCAUCCGAACAGGCCAGGAUCUUGGCAUAAGGCUAACCGGGCAGGUAGCUGACGAUCCAGUGACUGAAGUGUCGGAGAUCUCUCGGCUGGAGUCCACACAUCCCAAGAUGCCCUUCCAAUGCCGUUUCCGCCGAGCUUUCCUCACCGUCAUCGUCAGGGUCCUGCUCAUCGCAGCCGUGGUGGGCUGUGUGUGGAGUGUGGUCUGCUAUAUGAGGUAUCGCUGGAGGAAAGAAGAGGAGGAGACCAGGCACAUGUACGACAUGGUGGAAAGAAUCAUUGAUGUGUUGAAGACCCAUGGUGAAGCCUACCAAGAGAACCAAGACUUACAGGCCUACCUGCCGAUCCCCCAUGUCAGAGACUCCUUGGUUCAGCCUCAGGACCGGAAGACGAUGAAGAAGAUUUGGGACCGAGCUGUGAACUUCCUCUCAGCUAACGAGUCUAGGAUUCGAACAGAGACUCAGCGGAUUGGUGGAGCGGACUUCCUGGUCUGGAGGUGGAUCCAGCCUUCGCUCAGUUGUGACAAGACCUCCUUGAUGCCCUCCAAAGUCUGGCAGGGAAAAGCUUUCCCUCUGGACCGGAGGAAUUCACCUCCCAACAGCCUCACGCCAUGUCUUAAGAUCAGAAACAUGUUCGACCCAGUCAUGGAGGUUGGAGAGAACUGGGAUCUUGCCAUCCACGAGGCCAUCCUGGAGAAGUGCAGCGACAACGACGGCAUCGUCCAUAUCGCUGUUGACAAGAACUCACGAGAGGGCUGUGUCUACGUGAAGUGUCUCUCUGCAGAACACUCCGGGAAAGCCUUCAAGGCACUCCAUGGCUCCUGGUUUGAUGGUAAGCUGGUGACGGUGAAAUAUCUGCGUUUGGACCGAUACCACCAACGCUUCCCACAAGCCCAAGGCUGCAGCACGCCCCUGAAGGCCUCCAGCCUCCACAUGUCAAGCCCCAUGAACACGGCUCGUCUGCAGUACUACGGCUCAGCCAACUCUUCAGGCUUCUCGUGAGAUGACCAUUGGAUUUAGAAUUAACAUUCUCCGCCGUGCCCUCCCAGCAUUACAGCAGCAGUCUGCUGUUGCUUCUUCACUGCUCUGUAGCAGGAAGACUUCCGUUUGUGUCACAGGGAAGCUUUUUUUCAUUUGUUUCUUUUUCACCACAGGAUAUUUGCAAAAGAAGCUGUUUAGCAGUGCAGUGUUUGUUUUAUAUAAUCUUUGUAUUAGAAUUGUCAUAGAUUUAAGAAAGAAGCAGAGUUCUUCUAGACUAUUUAAGAUGUGUGCAGAGACUCCAAUUUUCCCUCCUCUUCCACUGUAUAUCUGAUGCCAUGACGAAGUUCAUUUAGGCAGUGUAUGGAAAUGGCUGCAUGUGUCAGAGUACGUCUCUAUGUAAGCUUUCAGUACAACAGUUUUGGUGUUGAAUCCCUAAAGGUGUUCGACCUAUUGCUAGAAUUAUUCUGAU